AACGAGUAUGGCAUUGGGAUAAACCAAAUUUAUUCCAAUACCACUGACAACGGCGCAAAUGUAGUUAAAGCGUCCAAAUUGCUACACGAUAUGCAGAAAGAAAGUUUAGCAAACGAAGAUGCUAUAAAUGAUGUUGAGGCAGAUCAUAUUGAGUCCCAAAUCGCUUCUGUGUUUUCUGUGGUUCCUUGUGCUGCUCAUACUAUUCAGCUAGCAGCAUAUGAUGUCAUAAAAACAAUUGAAAAAGACUUGGAAGAGUGCAGGACGAUUGUAAAAAAAUUGAGAACCUUAGUAAGAGCAGGAAAUACCGACAUCAGUUUGCCAUUCAUCGACAACAGAACUAGGUGGAACUCUACGUAUGAUAUGAUGGAAUCACUUUACCGAAUCAAAGAAUACAUUGAAAAUUUGGAUAAAAACAUGUACAUAAAUUGGUCAUUCGUAAAGGAUUUUCUCACCGCUUUUCAACCAAUCUCUAAGUGCACCCUAAAACUUCAAAAUAAGCAGUAUAUUAUAAGAGACUUCUUCAGGGAUUGGCUUACUUGCGAACUAGAGCUUGCAGACUUGGUCCCAGACAAUGUUUAUGCAGAUUCCCUCCUAAAUGCGAUGAAAAUAAGAAAAAAUGUCCUUUUAGAAUAUAAGGCUUUCGUCGCUGCUCUAUAUCUAGAUCCAAGAUUUAAUUUUGAAGAAACACCUCUCCUCAGCUCUGAGCAAAAGGAUGUUGCAAUGGAUCACUUAAUAAGGACUUACGAAAUGAUCCAGAAAAUUGAAAAUCCAUCAGAAUGAGAAUGAUUGCACUUCUGGAGUUG